GUCAUUUCAAAUACGAACGGUCGCAAAUCAAUGCAACAAUAUCUCAAAACAUUCAGUUCAGACGUAAAUACGAAUAUAAAAUCCAAUAUUUUUGUUUUGCUAAUGUUUAUUGUGAUAAAAGAUGGCUGAACGAAGAAAGCUCACUUACAGCGCAAAAAAAUCAUUUUCUGCCAGAAAGAGUAAUUUGCCGAUGUCAACGAAUCGUUCGUCUAAUGUUCUUCAAACACGACCAUCAAAUAUAUCCCGACCAUCAUCUGGUGGUCAUCGACUGGGAGUCACAUUGAGCGCAUCUCGACCAUCAAGCGGGACCCGGCCGUCAAGUGUGACCCGGCCGUCUAGUGCCACACGGAUAGCACGUGAUACAGCUAUACGUUCAUCUGGUGGCUUACGUCGAUAUGGUAGUGAUAAUUAUUUGAAUACACCGAGUCGUUUCACAUUAUCCACACCGUUGCAUGGUCGUUCGCCGGGUGUACGACGUUCAAUAAUGCCGCCAGAUAGUUCACGAAAAUCAAAACAUGAAAACAUACUGAAAGUACAAGAGAUUCUGCAGCAGGAUGAAGCAUUCUUUGCUGAUUUGAAUCUCAGAAAUGGUGGCUUGAAAUCGAUGACCAUCAAUCAAUUUCACAUGAUCAUGGAUCAUUUUGUUUAUUUGAUUACUGGAAAAGAUUUGAAAACAUUCACACCGAAUACCAACAAUGAUAUGAAUAAGAAACCCGAUGAAAAACGCAUCACCGCCGAAGGUAUUUUAAAUUUUUUGGAACAAGUACAGUAUCCGUUCACAGUAAACAAAUCAGUGUUAAAAACACCAAAUGCACCGCACACAUUUGAUCAAAUUGUAAUGAUGUUGCUAUGGUUGGGUGAUAUUAGUAGUAUAUCCAACAUUGCCGCUGAUGACGCACUUAUCCAUCAGUCUUUAUUGACGCGAGAUGAACAGUUUCCAAAUGAAGAAUACACCGCAACCUUUUCGAAGGCGAUGCAAAACGGUUAUCUGUUAUGGGACAAAGAUAACGAUGAGCAUGAUAUUCUCAUCAAACGUCUGACAGAUGGUUUAAUUGCCGCCAAAUUAGAUAAUAAAGUGACUUCAGAAGCGGAUCUGCAAGCAUUAACUGAAAAGUUGAAAAUCAAAUCCAAAGAAUUUGUUGAUAAUCCAGUUCAAUUGAAUAACAUCCAUCAAUUUGAGCAAUUGGAAUCUAAAUAUCUCGAAUAUGAAACAAAGGAACAUGAUUUAAUGAAUCAACUUAGAGAUAAACGUGAUCGGUUGGCCGCUGUUAAUGUACUUUGGAAUGAUAAACGUGCCAAAAUGCAGCAAACUCAAACACAAAUCCAAGCACUUGCCAUUCAAAUUCAGCAACAAAAGUACAACAUCAAUGAUUACAAGAAGUUGAUCGAACAGAUGACAUUAUUGAAAGCAGAGGUUUCUGCACUUGAAAACGAGAAACGGCUUGUUCAAGAUGAGGAAUCUAAUCAAUUGAUCAAACAUGCACGACUUGUAAAAAAUGUUUCCAAAGCAAUCACUGAUAUCAACAAUCGCGGCAUGCAAAUCAUAAAAGUGCUUAAUAAUUCACGAGAAUUCGCUGACUGUUAUGGCGAUCGUGAACUGAAUAAAUUACAUUUGCCGGCAACGCCAUCAUUGAAGCAAGUCGAACAGGUUAAUCAAAUUUUCUCGCAAAUUUACAGCGCGGUUGAAGUUCAAAAGUACGAACUAAAAUUGGAACUCGAUCAAGCCAUCAAUAAAUUAAAUGUUCUCAAAGCGGAAUCGACUGCAUUGGCCAAAGAACUUCAAAAUUCCCGUGAAAAGUAUGAUAAACUCACAGAUGACUACAAAAUAUUGGAGAAAAAGGCUGCGAUGAAAAACCGAAAGAAUGACAAUUCGACACGGGACUUGUGUAAGCAAGCCGAUGAUGCAAAAGCAAAACUUCAAUCGUUGAAAGAUGAAAUUGUUGCAGCACGCGUAAAAGAAACGGAGCUUGCAAAGGAAAACGCCAAACUUAUGGCAGACGGUGAAGCACAGGCGAGAAUAAUUAUCGAAGAAAAAGAACGUCUGGCCGAUCAUUUGGAUGACAUUGAUAGAAUGCUCGAUGCAAAGUUAGAAGGUCUUGAUUAUCCGAAAUGAGUACAAAUCAUAUUUGAUCUGAUAUUGCCAUUGUAUGGCUUCGUUGAUUUUGUUGUAGUUCGCAUAAAUAUUUAUUUAAUAUCAAAUCUUUGAAAUGGUUCGUUAUCGAAAUGAUAAUUGCAGUUCGUUCUUUUAAAAAAGUAUUCAUUUAACUUUAUCAAAAUAAAUAAAAUCACAUCACAAUCAUUCAAA